AUGGCCGCCUCCUCGUCCUGGAUCCUCCUGCUCCUGGCCGCCACCUUCACAGCCAGCGCCAGCGCGGCGACCUUCACCAUCAAGAACAACUGCGGGUUCACGCCUCCCAUGACGCUGGCCGAGUUCACGAUCGGUGGCAGCCAGGACUUCUAUGACAUCUCGGUCAUCGACGGCUUCAACAUCGGCAUGGCCUUCUCCUGCAGCACCGGCGUGGGGCUGGUGUGCAGGGACUCGAGCUGCCCCGACGCGUACCACCAGCCUAACGACAUGAAGACCCAUGCGUGUGGCGGUAACAGCAACUACCAGGUCACCUUCUGCCCGUGA